UCAAACGAUCACUCGUUUACGUUUUUUCUAUAACGAGUUAGAAAAUGCUUCUUGUAAAAUUUAAAUAAUUAUAAUUAACUACUAGGAAAAUUUCUUAAAAACAAUGUCUGGUGGUCUUUUAGAUAAGGUUUACAUAGGUUUGGAUAAUGCCCCGACUGCAUUUGACAUAAAAAGUCGCAUUCUAGGACCAAAUAGCACAAACUUAGAAUAUAUACGGUCUGAAACAGGAGUUACAGCGGUUUUAAAAGGAGAUAAGUUUGAACCGUUGCAUUUAGCAUUGCAUCAUACAAGAGCGGAAUCACUAGCGGCCGCGCGGGCGUUAGCACAGAAUCUUAUUGAGACUAUACGAGCUGAAUUGGCGCAAUGGAGCGCUGCUCAUGCCGGAGGGCCUCCACCGUCGCUGAACGUUCCCCCGCCUACGUUAACUACAACGAGUACUCCCAUGUCAGUUCCACCACCAGUCGUCACUGUUUCCUUGCCAACUUCGUCGACGUUGACAUCAGCACAGCACACGGUCAUCCCUCCAGUAGUGAGUGUCGCACCAGCAAGUACACCGCUGAUGACCAUGCGUCAACCUACAGUCUUACAACUUCUGCCCCAACAACAGUAUGUGUUAAAUCAAGAAAAUGGACAGCUAAUACCUAUAGUCCAGCCUGGUGUUCAAGUUUCAAACACCAAUUUCACCUCGUUGCCUAUAGCACAAUCUUUAGGUUUACAACAACCAAAUUUUGGGGCUACCCAAAUUGUUGAUAUAUCCAGCAUGCAGCCUGUUAAUGUGACACAAUUGCGGCUGAGCGGAGUACCUUCUUCUAUGUCUAUGAUACUGCCAAAUGGGCUGUCUUUUCCACAAGCGAGCCUUUCAGCUGCCGAUACUACAACUGUAAGCUCUGCCACUGCUACUCCUGUGGUCUGUGCUGCCCCAAGUACAAAUGCCUCACAGAAAAUCUUAUACAGCACAGAUAAAGGAGAUAAAGAUGUGAAAUAUCACAUACAGGGCUCUGAUACUGUGCAGUGGACAGUCCCAGGGUCACAGACUAUGCUCAUACCGUAUCAACAGCUGCAAGAUUUGACUUCUAGUCAAUCGGGCUUAGCCAACUUGCAGUCGCAACAAUUUGUUUCUAUAGCACCAGCAGGAGGUCUUCCACAAACAUCCUUACCGUUAAGCGCUGCUCAGUUGCAGCAGCUACAAGCUACUGGCACUAUUAUGCAGCUCAAUCAAAAGCCUAUAGUCAGCAGUGGUUCUUUGAUAAAUAUUAUAUCAACCGGACAAGCAUCGUCUCCACAGAUUAUAUCAAAUACAUCUACGUCUUCAAAAAAUAUAAGUGGACCAGAGGCGAGAGGGCAAAAGAGACUAUCAGAUGGUACACCAAAUCAACUGCAAUUGCGACCUAUAGCGCCAGCUGGGUCUCAGGACAAGGGUUCGGGCAGAGAAUCGCGCGCGUGGACCGCCGCCGCAGCUAGAGACAACACCGUUGUCAGCAUGGGGACGAAAAUUAAUCCAGCUCAUGGGACCAUUAUUCACGUGUCAUCAGGACAGCAAACAAACGUGGCAGCUUCAGGAGUAUCGCAAGAUGGCAGCGGAAUGUACAUUAGACAAAUAGACAGAAACGCUAUACAAAUCCAAGCUGGCAAAGAUAGCUUGAAACAAGACUUGUCAGCGAGUAAAGUUCAAAGCGCGGCUCAAAACGUACAAAUGAUAACUGUACCACCGGGAAUGACUGUAUUACAGAACCCGCUAAACAUCAGUCAAGUGCCGACUGUAAUUGGCCAGCCAAAUAGCCAAGUGUACAUGAUCCCGGCGAAUCAUCCCAAUUUAGUCCAAGCAGGAACAUUACCUCCGAGUAUAAUAGGACAGCAAAUGUUACAACCUGGGCAGAAUGUGACAGUUAUGCAGCCAAAUCAAUUGACCGUACCUGGGGGAGUUCAAUAUAACGUGCCAUUGAUGCCAAUGAACAUGCCAGCCAACUCCGCCUACAUGCCGGCUGGUAUAAAUUUAAAUACUCAACUAUCGGCGCAACAACUAAACGCUGCUCUCGCAGGGCAGCAGCUAACAAAUCAAAAUUUAGCUGUUUCUGGAACGAUACCUAUCGUACAAGCUCCUCCACCUUCGUCCCCAAUGACUAAUCCACCUCCGAUGACAAAUCCACCUCCAAUGACUAAUCCGCCAUCAAUGACUAAUCCGCCUCCAAAUAUUCCCGUGACACAACCCCCACCGGUCCACCAAAUAGUACCCCAGAACUCCUUCAUGACACCAACUACACAAUACACAAACAUGCCUCCCCAUUACAUGAUGCAAGCUAAUUCCGGAACAAUAACGGUCCCGCCCAAUAAUCCUAACGUACAGUAUAAUUUGGCAAACAAUCAAACUACCAAUCCCGCCUCUAACAAUGGCAAUGGUCAGUCCAAUACCACCAGCGACUCUGAUAGCACAAAUGGUACUAACAACCAGACAAAUUACAUCUCAUCUUCUCAAGACAAUUACUCUAUGUCAGGCACAACAAGUGUACAAAAUCCUGGUCAACAAAAUUUCCCAUCUUCUGUUGAUGCUUCAGCAACGCAAACGACUGGAAUCUCUCCGCAAAAUCAGACUGCUACACCUAAUUAUGGCACAUCUAAUGGUGCCAACCAGACUACGAGUUACAAUGUAAAUCAAACCACAAUAACACAGCCACCACCGAACUAUAACCCUAAUCCAACGAAUGGAGCGAAUUCACAAUCAAGUAACCAAAGCUAUGGCUCGGGAACACCGAGCACACAGAACACGUCACAAAGCAACUUCUCUCCGUCCACAACACCGGCACCAAACCAAAACUAUCCUCCGCCGAGUCUUCCUAACAUGCCCAAUUUGAACUUCCCUCCAAAUCAAAAUUCCCAGAAUCCGUACCCUAAUGCUACAGGACAGAACUUGGCAGCUUACGCGAAUAAUCAGUACCAAUAUACCAGCAGGCCCUGGUUUCGGCCUCGAUAUGGAUCUCCUCAAGGUUCACCAUAUAGUUCCGGAGCAGGACCUCCAAAUGGACCUCCUAUGCCACCAUUAGGAAACUAUAACUAUUGGCAAGAUAGUUGAGAUUUAGACAAUAUUGAUAUGAGUAUCAUACAGUGAUGUCUAAUAUAUGGACGUUAAAAUUGGAUUGGGUGGAUGUUAAUAUCACUGGUAUAUUGUGAUAUUAACGGUUAUGAUUAAGGAUAUGAAUGAUUAAAGUGUAAAGAUUAUAAUUAUGAAAUAAAGACUAUUUCUAUCA